AUUAGGAGGGGAUGCAGGUAGGGAGGGAAUGGAAAGGGAAAGGAAGGAGAGAGGGGCAGAAGGGAAGAAGAGAAGGGGAAGAGUCCAAAGCUUGGCCUGGGUGGUAUUGCAACAUAGAAAGGCUUCAGGUAUGUUGUUAUGUGCACAAGGAGGAGUUCGUGCAGCAGUAAAUGAUGUUGUUGUGUUCAUGUAGAUCAGAGGGGUAGAAUUGAAGCAGAUAUAGAUAAGAUAUGGCACCAAAAUGAAAUACUGCUCAACAUAAGACAAUGUGAGCUGAAACCAGCGUGACUUCCUGACUUCCCAAAUUGCAGUGGCUAAAGAAGUUAUUUGUGGGGAUGGUGUGUGCAAUCGCUGUACGUGUGCGUCCUUCCUUGUAGCGUGAUUGGAUGUUGGAGAUGUGUCUCUAAGCAAGAAAGGUCGAAGGUGGUGAGGAUUAGGAUGUGAACAUUGUAAUCCUCGAAGGAAAAACAGGGAUUGAUGUGGGCUGCUCUGUUCAGCAGCAGGGCUUAGCACAUCAGUUUAAGAACCAACAUAUGAAUUUAGCAAAAAGAACCCACGAGUGAUAGUUCUCAAACUUUCAUUUCAGCUUUAGUGGGAGAGCAGCCUCGUUCCUCCUCAGUAACUUUGUGUGGGCACACAAAGGAAUACUUGUACCUUCUGCCUCAAUGAUUGUGCCUCACAAGCUUCUCACCACUUCUGCUUUUGUCUUCUCUGUAUCUGUUAAUACCUCUUUUGCUUUUCUCCUUGUCUACUUGUUACCUCCAUCCUUCUUCUUCUUCUCUGCGCUUCUUUCUUUCUUGUCUGUUCUCCUUCUGCUCUUAUCCUUCUCAUCGUCUCUUGCCUUUAUUCUCUCCACUCCUGCUCAUCUCUUUUGCUGUCUUGCCUGUAUCCUAUUGUGCUUUUCACCUGCUCUUCUUCCUUACCCGUAUCCUUAAUUUUAUCCUCUCUUCUGCUCUUUUUCACUUCUUCUCAGUGUCCAACGUCUGUGUCACAACUCUGUCCGAAUUAGUUUUGGGGUGGAGAAAGGUACCAAGGUAGGUCGAUUUGUACAAGAGAACCUCUUACACUGUGCCUGAAAGGUGAUCCAAAGGAGCCCUCAAGAACCAAGACCACAAAGGAGCUGCUUUCGAAUGGAGAAUUUUCCAGAGUUGCUUCCAGUUGUUGCUUGGAGGAACUGAGGUUUUUAUCCUUGUAUCUCUGCAGAAAGGCAGGGCGGAGGCAACGUUUAUGGUGAGGUGCUCAGGUGAAAUUGCCCUCCUUGCACAAACUGCCUGUUUGUGUCCAUGUGAUGCAUGGUGAAGAGAAGCCUGCUGUUCUGUGAGUAAGCCUGCUAAAAGGAAGUAAUGGUUCUGGCCCUUUUGGCAAGUCUCUGAGUGACCACAGCCAGCCCCACGAAGACGCUUUACGUCAUGUCAGACACCCAGCUGUCUGCUGCAUGGACCAUGUCUGUGAUGGGUGAGGCUACCUCAGUCCCUCUCAAACUGCCAGGCAUCCAACCUUCCUGCUCCGCCAGCUCUCCCGCUAGCCCUGCCACCUUUGCUGCCUCCCCAUGUUGUGUCGUGUCAUGGUGAUCUGUGGUGCUGGGGCAGGCCUGAGCUCCCCUCCCUGACAGCAGGCACGUUUCUGAAAUCCCUGCUCAUUUCCUCAUCCUGCUGGCUCAUUCUAUUUACAGGUUUGUGUCCUUUACUUUUCUUGGGUAAUUUAGGACUGGUUUAAAGCAGCUGUAUUUGCUAUUGCCUUUGUCUGCAGUUACCCUUGUGGAUCAUGGUGAUGGGAUACCCUUUUGGGUUAGGUUUAAAGGUCAAGAGUUACCGUUUUAUGGAAGGGGAAAUGGUGGAAUGGCCAUUCCUAGAGGUGUUCAAGGAGUGUUUAGGUGUUGUACUGAGGGACACAAUUUAGUGGGAAAUGUUGGUGAUAGGGGGACAGUUGGACUGGGUGAUCUUAGAUGUUGUUUCUCACUGGAGAUCCCUGCCUACCUGAGUCCUUCUGAAGGCAAGCAGCUCCUUGCCUUGAUUUCUGUGCCCACGGCUGUUGCCUUUGAGCAAAUCCUCCCUUGCUGCAGCCUUGGGCCUUGCUCCUCUGCUGUCGUGGCUGUGCUUUCCAUCGCACCUGGCCUCAUUGGGCUCAACCCUGCUGACGGAUAGAUGUGUUGGUUUGGUUGGGGUGGUUGCAGUAGCUAAUGGCAAAACCAUUUCCUGAGUGCAACUAAAGAGAUAAGUGAUAAAACAAGAGAGUCUCGAGAGGAAAGAGUGACUGAUGGCAGUGCUGUCCUGGAAGCUACAGUGGAAGCAAUAGAGAGGCCGAUAGUGGCUGUCGGUGUCAGUAGAGCGAUACGAGUCUGUGUGUAAAUGGUGGUUCUUAGAGCUGUGUUAAUUCCUUGAAGAGGCCUAGCAUUAUGGAGGUACUUGUACUGACAGUUGUUUGACUCAGGAAUGAAGUGUGUUUCCCAGUUCGUGAUAACCUGAUAGCGUUGUGUUUGCUCGUGCAGCUGUGCUCUGUGCAUUGUAGAGCUGUCAGACAGAUGUGGGUUCAUUUGCCACUCUCUCAGCAGGAAUGAGACUAGUAAUACUUUCUGUAAGUGCAUUUCAGUUGAAAAAAUGAUUUUGUUUUGGCUGUAGAAAUGCUGUAUUUGAGGGAUUUUGGUGGACGUGGGCUAACAGGACAAGGAUUCUAUUGGCAACUGCUUUCUGUGACAUGGAAAGGCUAUACUUUGUUUUAGAGAUGGAGCAUGGGAUUCGAUUGACUUACUGAGAAAGGAGGAAGUGGAAAGCCUCUGUGGGUAAGAACGUUUUGUGAGCUGUAGUUUGGGUACCUUCAUCUAAGUAGGACUGUAUGAAAGGGUGCGUGUGAUGGAGGAGAGGGGAAAGUGCCUUGUGUGGACUGUAAGAAAGGCAUGUUACAGAGUGGAGAGGCAAAUUUAAGAAACUCUGCUUGAAAACUUGAAGGUAGUGGCUGGCUGUGCUAAAAUCUUCUUCCAAAGAGUUGCUCUUCAACUAUUUCCUGCUUUCUCUCUGCGAGAAACUGACGCCAGUGGCCAUCCACUGCAGCGUGGCUGUGCGAAAGGGCUGGGGAACAAGACAGAGCUAGAGAAGGCACCAAAGAGAGCUACAGGUACACAGCAGGCACCUGGACUUGAUGCACUGUCUUUCUGCCCAGGCUUUCUGUUUGUUCAUUCCUAGGACAGUUGUCUGCAGUUUGCAUCCCAGCUUUCUCCCAAGCCCUGGCUGCACAAAAAUGCAAGCAAUCAGAGGAAGAGAAGGAAAAAGCAGAGGAGUGGGCUUCUGAGAAAAGAGCUGAGGGGGAGCAUGAGGAGCUUGAGGCAGUGUUUCAGAAAAGUAGUGCUUUCACUUAGGAUUGUCUGAGAUUUCCUUGCCCUGGGUUAUGACUGUGUGUAGCUAUUGGUUUCUUGGUUCCUGUGUAUCCGUUGGUACACAGAUUAGUGUGUGGAAAAGACAGCUGAGAGUGCAGGACAUGGCAAUGUAUUUCUCCUGGCCAAAUGUGCUGAAGUACUGGAAGGAUUGUGAGAAAGACCAGAGAGAAUUCAAGCUGGACAUGAGGAAGUAUUACUUUUUGGAAAGGGUGGUCAGGCACUGGAAUGGACUGCCAGGGAGGUGGUGGAGUCAUGGACCCUGGGGGUGUUGAAGGAAAGACUGGAUGUUGUGUUGAGGGACGUGGUUUAGUGGGAGCUGUUGGUAAGAGGUGAGCGGUUGGACUGGAUGAGCUUUGAGGUCUUUUCCAACCUUGGUGAUUCUAUGAUUCUAUGAUUCUGUGAAAGAGAAGAGAACCUGGAUUUCUCUUGCACAAUAAGUCUGUAUCAGUUGUGUUUCCUUUCACUGAGCUGAACGCACGGUGUGUGUGAAGCCUUCUGAUGGGAAACCCAUGGUCUCCACAAAGUGGGCGCAGAAGCAAAAUGAAGCUGAGAUGCAUCUGUGUGCUGAGUCCUACUGCUACUGCAGAAAAAGCAGCUUUGGUAAGAAUAGUGGUGAAGGUAGGAGAGGGUAUGGAAGGUUUAGACUGCUCUUAGAGGCAAGGUGGAAGUUUCAAAUGUUGUGCAGGUUCAGCACGCUCCUACUGCUUUGGUGUGCCGCACCUGCCUGCCCUGUCAGCACUACAUCAGGCUUUUUUUCCUUUUUAAGGUAGGAAAACCAAUUUCUGGCUAGAAGAAGAAAUGCAACAAUCUUCCCUGCAUUGCUCCUUGGGUAAUGGGUGCUGAUGAGCAGUCCUUGUAUUAGAAUAAUGUAUUGUCAUUUGAUCUUUCUGUCUUUGCACUCUUUUAGCAACUGGGGUGUUGAUGCAGCUGCACGCAUCUCCUGUUUUGUCCUUCUGCUUUGUGUAAAAGAAAUGUACAGUAUGCAAUCUCUGUGUGAAGUUUUCUUAAAGUAUUUUACUUUAUUUGCCACUAGGAAGCAAUGGCUUGGAAGUGACGGCGGUGUCUCCCAGCAGCCCACACAGUGACCUGAUGUCUCAUUGCUUGGGUCUGUUAAAAACUACCCUGAUGAGAAAAGAACGUUUGCAUGGAUUCUGUGCUGUGUCUGAGGAGCGGUGUGGACAUGGCAUGGCAGGGAGAAGGCAGUUCCCUUCUGAUGGGAAAAUGCCCGAGGAAUGUUGACAUCCCGUGUGUUGGUGCCCCAUGCCCGCUCCAUGCCCGUGCCCCACGCACUUCUGAACGGGCAGCUCAGCUUUUGUGUCAUUCAGCCACCUGUGGCAGAGCAGACCAGGCUUUCUGCAGGUGUAGGCAAUCAUCCCAUCACUUUCUGCCUUAUAAGGAGUAGAAAACCUUUUCAUUUUGGAGUCCUACUUACUGGAGCUUAACCAUCUCCAGUGAAGCAGAUGUCAUUUUUCUUGUAUCCUUCAAUUCUGAGUGCAUAUUCUCCCAAAAGCAAAAGAGUUUGGAGGUAACCACGAACAGUUAAGUGGGUGAUUUCAGUAUUUAUUUCUGAUCGUGACAAUUACUUCAGUUUAGAGGUCACAAUCGAUGUACUGUGCCUGUUUUAAUUCUGACCAAGGUUGUAGUUCUAGCUGACUUCCCGAGGCUGCAAUACGUGGUGGUGACACAGCCGUGGGCUUCUGCAUUGGCAUUAAUCCCACAUUUCCUUUCUGUGCCUUGCAGGUCAGCUUGUGCUGGAAGUGGACGGCAUCAGAGUGAGUGAAGGUCAGUGCAGGAGCAGCUGUUGAUGGGGGGGAGGAAGUCCAGGCUAACGGACUCUGCAGCAUCUCCCAGUACAGUACCAGAGGAGGCAAGAAUGAUGUCAGGGGGCUCCCCAGCAGGAAAGUGGCUCAUCCAAAUGCUUGCUGACAGUUUGAAAGCCCAAACCCUUCCAGGUUUCUUCUUCUAAAAGUUUGCCUCCUCUUUUCUCCUCUCUUUCUUUGGCUUUCAUUACAUUCCUCCUCCUUCCACUUACCUUGCCUUUCCUUACCUGACGUUAGCCCUCUGGUUCUUCAUUCCUACAUCCUGGCUGUCCUUGCCUCUUUCCUCGGCGUAAAGACUGGAGUAGCCUGUCCACAUCCCCAUUGGAAGAAGAACUUCAGAAGAUCCUAGGCCCAGUGAGAAACACGGUGAGCAACACGAUCUUCACUGACGGUCAGAGGGCUUCAUUAAUUAAGUAGUGAUGGAGGGGAAGUGGGACUGAAGGAGGAGGGCUGAAGCAGAUCCAAGUGAGGGGCAGUUGGCUGUGAUAAGGGAGGGGGUAAAAGGAGAGUGACCUGGAGACAUCGUGGCCAUGGAGGUGGAAGAGAGGGUGAAGGGUUUGGCAGGAACUGGAAGGCGGAAUUGGGAGAGAGCAGAGGGAGGGUAUUGGGGCUGCUUGGCAGCAUGGGGUGCUCCGUCCUUUAGGAUUUUGGAGGAGGCAGCACAGAGGAGAUGGAGAGAUCCACGGGUGCAGUACGUGGGGUGUGGGGCACGGAGCUGGGGACCCCUCCCAGCACCUAGGGGUGGCCUCUGCCAGGCAGGGACAGAUGUGAGCGGUUCCUGCUGAGCGUGGGGACAAGGACGCAGACACACAGAGUGUGGCUUUGCUGAGGGCUUUGUUGAUCACUGGAGGAUGUCAGCGAUCAUCAGGGUCUUCCUUCUUCUUCAGAGGACUCCAUUGGUCAGCAGAGGAUGUCGGAAGGUGUCACUGACCAUGGGGAAGCCUUGUCCCUGCAGGGUUUGUGCCCCAGGACUUUGGGCAGGAGGAGGGCUGGCAGCAGCCCAGGGCAGGAUGUGGGUCCCCUGGGGACAGCAGCCACAGCCCCUGUCCCACCUCCUCAGUGACGCUGGGAGUCAUUGUCAGAUGCCCUCAGUGUCCCUGUUCCAGUGCCAUGCUUAUUGUAAUGGACUUCAUCCUUAUGUCCGUUCUAAAGAUUUGUCCCUUGCUUUUUGCAGCCCCCCUUGAGAUAGUGAAGGCCGCCCUUAGGAGGUCUUCUCUUCUGCUGGCUGCCAAAUUCGAUGCGUAUCAUGAAGUGCUUCGUAAGGACAAAGCAGUGGAACAUCUUUAUCCUCAACAGAAUAACUUUUAAAAGCCAGAUGGCCUCUGCUAUAGAAGCAGAUGUCAAAUGUGGCUUUUCUCCAUUGAAAACCGAUGCCUGGCAACUUGGAGACUAACAUAUAUGUUGCUUGGCUGACAGAGUUUUUGGCCGUUCUGUGGCAUGGAAUGCAACCAGCAUGGAAGCAUUGUUGUGGAUUCUGAGUGAGAUUUCUCACCCUCUGCUCGUGAUGGGACCCGUCUGGUGCAGGCAAUCCGGUGCCGCCCCCAGCGCCCGGUGUGCAGUGGAACAGCGUCCUGCAUCCUUCCAUCAACCAGUCAGGCUUUGUGCAAGACCCAGGUUACUUGCAGAGGAAUGCUCAGAUGCCGCAGCACCGCUCUUCCCAGUCUGGCUCAGCCUUAUUUCUCCAUCUGCCUUCUGGAGGACAGAUGCAUGCUGCAGUGGGGCCAUAUCAGCAGAACUGCACGGGAAGCCACAGACUCCAGGCCGGGCAGCACAGCCCUCAAGGAGCUUAUCCCGUGUGGCCCAACUGCAGCGCUCUGCCCGGUGCCAACUUCUGCAGCGCAGGACUGGGAGGAAGCAUGAACCCGGCGGCAGCAGGGAGCCAGUUGCGUGGCAGCGUUCCUCCUCAGCUGGGGGCAGGGAUGCGCCCCCCAGCAGGUGGCAUGGCUCACAGAGCACAAGGAGCAGCCGCCGUGUGUGCUGCUGCCAGCGCCAUCCAGAACUGGCCACCCGGUUAUCCCAGUAUGAACCAAGGGGGAAUGCUGGGCACUGGACCUCCUUAUGGACAGGGAACUAACAGCAUGGCUGGUGUGAUCAACUGCCAGGGCCCACCUUAUCCCAUGGGUGGGAACAUGGCUAACGGCUCUGCAGGGGUGGCAGCAAGUCCUGAAGUGAUGGGUCUGGCAGAUGUCAAAUUAACUCCUGCAACUAAAAGAAGAAAGAGGGGAGAAGAGACCCAAAAAGCAGAACUCCAGUCAAAGAGUCCCAGGCGACCGAUGGACAGCAGCUGCACCCCACCUGCCAAGCGGCUCAAAGCGGGGAUGCACAGCGUCCCAUGCAGCGCCGGGCAGGGGCAGCCGCAGCAGCAGCCCAGAGCUCUGGAGAAUGGCACCGCUCCCAGCAAAUCUGCAUCCCCGCAGCCAGGGAGGGGAAAGAAGAAGGCAGGACCGCCGAUCCCUGCUGCGCACGUGGCACCGGCAGCGGAACGGCCUGCCAGGAAGCGACGGGCCGUCUCCUUCCCUCCGGGAUCAGUGGAAGCUGCCAAGCCGGUGUUACAGAAAAGGAGGCGGCUGACAGCAGCAGAUGUUGGAGCUCCUGCAGCCUGGAGGGUGAUGAUGUCUCUGAAGUCUGGGCUGCUCGCUGAAAGCACGUGGGCCUUAGACACCAUAACUGCCCUGCUCCACGAUGACAGCAGCGUCGCGUCCUUUGACCUCAGGCAGCUGCCCGGCCUGCUGGAAGUCCUGGUGGAGUAUUUCCGGCGCUGCCUGAUCGAGGUCUUUGGAAUCCUGGAGGAGUACGAGGUGGGUAUUUGCCCAGGACAAAGAUCACUCUGUGGGUUGGAGAGUGCCCACCUGCUCUGGCAGCUUGGCGGCGGAGAUACCACUGAGCACAUCCAGACCCACUUUGAGAGCAAGAGAGAGCGCUCCGCGGCUGAGAGCAAUGGAAGUGCUCGGGAAGGGCAGGCUCCUCCAUCUGACAGCUCCUCAGCAAUUCUGGAGGAUGAGCCUCGCAGCAGAGACGAGGCACCACUCUGCCUCACCCACGACUGGCAGGACUCUGUGGCGAAGCGCUGCAUCUGUGUCUCCAACAUCAUCAGGAGCUUGUCGUUUGUGCCGGGCAAUGAUGCCGAGAUGUGCAAACACGCCGGUCUGCUGCUGAUCCUGGGGAAACUGCUGCUCUUACACCAUGAGCACCCAGAGCGCAAGCAGGCAGCCCUGAGCUCGGAGAGAGAGGAGCUCGAGCAGGACCAGGGGCUGAGCUGCGGCCAGGAGGAGUGGUGGCGGGACUGCCUGCAGGAACUGCGUGAGAACACACUGGUGAUGCUGGCCAACAUUUCUGGCCAGCUGGACCUGUCCCCUCUCCCAGAAAGCCUCUGCUUGCCCAUCCUGGACGGACUCCUCCACUGGGCAGUGUGUCCAUCAGCAGAGGCCCAGGACCCUUUUCCAGCGCUGGGGUCAAAUGCCAUCCUCUCCCCUCGGAGCCUGGCUUUGGAAACGCUCAGCAAACUGAGCACCCGGGACACCAACGUGGAUUUGAUCCUCGCAGCUCCCCCCACCAGCCGCUUGGAGAUGCUGUACAGCACCCUGCUGCGUUUCCUCCGCAACAGAGAGAGCCCUGUGUGCCGAGAGAUGGCGGUGGUCCUACUGGCCGCCUUGGCACAGGGGGACAGCCUGGCAGCGAGGGCGAUUGCCUCGCAGGAGAGGAGCGUUGGUGACUUGCUGGGCUUUUUGGAGGACGGCCUGGCUGCCGCGCGGUGCCAGCAGAGCCAGACCGGCCCGGUGCCCGAGCAGAACCCGCCCUGCGAGCCGCCGAGCGUGGACAUGAUGCGCCGAGCAGCUCGGGCGCUGCUCGCCCUGGCUGAGGUGGGCGAGAGCCGCUCGCAGUUCAUGCUGCACGAGUCGCGGCUGUUGGACAUCUCCGUGUCACCUGCGGUGGAUUCCUUGGUCUCCCAGGUUAUCUGCGACGUGCUGUUCUUCAUUGCCCGGCCCUGA